AUGUUCAAUACCAAAGAUAACAUUUUCAUGAUCAUAAUAACUGGAGAAUUCAUAAUAGGGAUGUUGGGGAAUGGAUACAUUGGACUAGUCAACUGGAUUGACUGGAUUAAGAAGAGAAAGAUCUCCACAACUGACUACAUCCUCACCAAUUUAGCUAUCUCCAGAAUGUGUUUGAUCAGUGUAAUGGUUCUAAAUGGUAUAAUAAUGGUAUUCUACCCAGAUGUUUAUGAAAAUAAUAAACUGAUGGUGAUCAUUUUUAUUUUCUGGACCCUCAGCAACUACUUAAAUAUCUGGUUUGCCACCUGCCUCAAUGUCUUCUAUUUUCUCAAGAUAGCCAAUUUCUCCCACCCACUUUUUCUCUGGCUGAAGCGGAGAAUUGAUAAGGAGAUUCGCUGGAUUCUGCUGGGAUGUUUUGCCAUUUCCUUAUUGUUCAGCCUUAUGCUAGUAAUGGUACUGAAUUGUAACUAUAGUGUGGAUGUAAUUGCAAAACAUAAAAAAAACAUCACUGGAAUAUCUCAUGUGAGUAAAAUUCCAUACUUCAACCCAUUGACUCUCUUGAACCUGUUUGCAAUUGUCCCAGUUAUUGUGUCACUGAUCUCCUUUUUCCUUUUAGUGAAGUCACUACGGAGGCAUACUAAGCAAAUAAAACUCCAUUUUACAGAUUGUAGAGACCUCAGCACAGAAGCCCAUGUAAGAGUCAUAAAAAUUGUGACUUCGUUUCUCUUCUUUUUUUUCCUAUACUAUGCGGUUUUUCUUUUGAUGAACUUUAGUUAUCUAAUGACAGAAGAAAAGUUAGCAAUUAUGAUGGAAGAGAUUAUAGCAAUUCUGUAUCCCUUGGGUCACUCACUUAUUUUAAUUGUUGUAAAUAACAAAUUGAGGCAGGCAUCUGUCAGGGUGCUGAUGUGUAGAAAAAUAGCUUGCAUGUUGUAA